UGACCACUCUUGGGAUUUUAUCUGUUCACCUUUUUUCUCUCCUGACUGAGAAGUCGAGUCUAGAGAGGAGGCUGGUACCUAGUUGGAGAGCGACUCUGGCAAACAUUUCUAUGAUAUGGUCCGCUGACUUGCUGCCACCAGCUCCUGCGGGGGCUUCUGUGGCAUACCGCAGAGCGCUUCCCAGAGAUGCAGGAGACACCCUGUUUCAUCUGCUGGGAGAACCCCUAUUCGACCAGAUAACCUCAUGUAGUACAUUACUUAGAAACAUGGAUACAACGCCCAGCAUGGAACAAAUUAAGGCAGAGUGCCCAAUGCCUAUAGAGCCUAAUAAAGUGUGUAACACCCCUGUGGUGGAACCAAAGAUGACCCAGUUCUUAAUAAACUUGGGAUUGAAUCCCUGCAAAGGUUUGGAUUCGGCACUCAAAUCGUACCAAGAUAAACAUUUGGAUAUUUUUGGCCCAUAUGCCAAAUUGUUUGAUUUGGCAGAAGAUGCCAGGGCUGAGUAA